AUGAAUAUAUAUUGGGUGAUUAACCUGAUGAUCAUAAGCAAUGUAUGGGGAAGACUAAAAAUAUCUGAGAUCGAAAGCAUACAGAGAGAAGUAAUCCAUAAUGAAACAGAAGGAAGUUUGUUGAUCAAUCCGAAAGAGUCAUUAAAUCCACUCUUUGGCCGCAUAAUAGUCAAUGGUGGGAUUAUGCAGAAAAAAAGGUUUCUCUCCCCUGAGAUAUAUACAGAAAGCAAGAUAGAAGUAGAUCUUAUAGAUUGCAUUGAAAACACUCUAUAUAUAAACAGGAGGAAUUAUAAGAUGGACAGAGUGCAAAGUAAUUUAUAUACAAAAGAUGAGCUAGACACGUAUAGUAGAGAGUAUUAUACAACUCUUCUAAGGAUGUUUCCAUCCUCAAAUGGGUCUUUGUCAAUCAAAAGUGAUCUAUCCGGGUCAUUUUAUAUGUUUCUUACAAAUUUGCUAAAAAAAGAACAACAGCGCAUUAUUCUGUCUGCAUUGCUGCUUCUUUCAGAAGGGAUUCCUCUGCCUAUGUCUACUGAUAGAAAAGGGCGAGGAAGUGAAGUAGUUUUAACAGGGUUCGGUGAAUCUGGCGAUGCUCUAAGAGUUGGAUGGGGACUGUUAUGCAGCAUACAGGAAUCUAAAAUAUUGCCAUUUCUGAGAUUUGAGACGAUUUUACCCGGAGAGAGCAUAGAUGUACUUUCAUUUUUUAUUACAAAUACUGAAAAAGCAUAUAAAGAAAGACAAGAAAUUAGUGAGCAGUGUGAAUACAAAGACCUUACAACAGGGAGGUUUUUCAGUAGCAUGCGCUGCCUUAUACAGACGUACAUAUACGAAUUUAUAGAAUCCAAGGAGGAGAUGUCACUAUUUAUUAAAACAGUCCACGAUAUGUUGUAUAAAUAUAUGAAACACUAUAAGUCGUCAAAUUCUAGCUUGCCAAUGCGGGCUAAAGAGAUAUUUCAUAAAUAUUUUAUCUCUUCAUCCCAAGAGCCAACUGGAAUGGCGUAUAUAUCUGCUGUAAAGGUGGUAGAAGGCAUUCUAAACAGAAACAAAAUGGUGCCAUUUGAAAACAAGAAUUAUGCAAUGACAAAUACUGAUGUUUUAAGGAAAGAGCCAACACCCUCUUCUAUAUUAUUUGGGUUAUAUUCUACUCAAAAAAAACCCGCAGAGUAUACAAACUAUGUGGAGACAGUGCUGCUAAAUUUAUUUUGCUGCUUUUUAUACGACAUGGAACAGCAAAUCUACACAACCAAGCACCUGCCGCUUGCAUCUCCACAGUUAAAGAAGUUCUUUGACAAAUAUAUGUACAUGUUCAAAGAGCCAACUGCGGAAAUGCAUAACGACUGGAGUAAGGUGGUUGAGAACCUGCAAUGCAAAGAGAUAAAAUAUGAAAAAUUAAACCGGACAAAGAUGUGCUCAGGUCUUUUAAACAUACUGUAUGCUAUACUUGAAAUAGCAGGAAUGUAUGAACAAGAGCAAAGCAACCUAAGUGGCCUAAUACAUAAUAUAAAUAGAGAAAAUGUUAGAAAGCUAAACAAUGUAAUUAGCCAAGAUGUAACUAACCAAAUAUACUCAUAUCUAAAGUAUUUAUUUGGAACAAUCUCAGUAAACAAAAAUCUAACAAUAGGUGGUGAUGUAUUGUUUUUAGACAUAGAUGAUCAAAAAGUAGAUGUAUACGGAUGUGUAGAAAUAGUUUACAAAAACUAUGCAUGCACAAACUACGUGCCAAUUAUAAUACAAUCUACGGAAUAUUUGCAAAGCAGACCUUCAAACUCUUCUCCAUGCAUGCUUUUAGUGAAUCGGAUAACAAGAAACGACCCUUUAAUGAGUCAUGAUAUUAACAUUCUUAUGUGGAAAAAGGAAGAUAUUGCUAGAAUGGGGGGCGGGGCUAUCCAACACAUGCUUACCUACUAUAUAAAUAUUAUUAUGAACAGCGGCAGAGCUAUUGAGGAAAGUGUUAUCCAGAAAAAAGUGACUAAGUUUAUUAAGAGAAGAGAAGACAUAAAGAACGAUCUAGGAGUGUGUGUUAAUGAGCUUCUUUUUGAUACUAUGCUCUGUGGAAGCCAGUAUAAAGCAGAUUUAGCAAUGUACCUAUUACUGCAGGCUGUGUAUUUAAACCUGUCUAAUGACCAUAAUAUUAUACGCUUUGUUUCUAAUAUAGUAGCAGAGUCUCCUAUUGGCAAUGAUGAUACACAAUCCAACCUGUUUGCUUUCCUAUACAUGAUUAGAAUGCAUAACUGCCUUCCUAAUGUAAAUCUUACUAGAACAAAAGCAGCAUAUUUAAAUUGUUUCUUGCCUACAAUGAAAUCUCUUAUAAUAUAUGCAUUGGAUCUUAAAUCGACUGCAUUUAUUUAUGAGCUAGUAAGUGGAUACGUAGAACUGAGUUCAUUUGUAUGGCCAGAGUGCCUGGAUGAUCUGUUUUAUUCUAUGGAAACCAAAGACCAACUGAAUUUGCUUGUCUCCCUAACUGAAAACAAUAGUACUGUAAGGCCACUUAUGAAUAUUAUAAGGUAUAUAGAAAAGCCAAUUACUACUGAGUCAUAUACUGAAGAUGACUAUUUAACAGCAAAGAACACAGUUCUCUUAAGAAUUAUAGAACUAUCUUGCCAAGAUGUUAGUAGCUUUGACUAUAUUAUAAAGGAAUGCUUUAGAAACAUUACAAUAUCUCCAAAGAUUUCUCUUGUGUAUCCCAGCACAGAUGACUAUAAUUUCUCAAAAUGCACUGCAGCAAUAUUCAGUUCCAUUCGAAGUAUGCUGGUUGUAUCAGGGAUGGAUCGGAUUAAAUUUGAUCGUAUUCUAAGUGUGUAUAAUGGACUGGCAGAAGCAUUAAAUGCAAGCACAAAUUUUAGUACAGAUUGCCAUAGCAGUACUACUGAUUAUCAGCAAAGUAGCCUGGCACGGCGUGUAGCCACACUGUUAGAGGAGAAUAGGCAGAAUCUUUCUCGGCUGCAUGCCCAUAAUUAUAUGCCAAGUUCAAACGUUUUAAGCACCCCAUAUGGCUAUAACAGAAGAAGAAGACUUUAGAACACAGAGUGAAUGAAUAUGCUUUUAGCAAUUCAGUUUCGCGCCUGCAUGCCUACUGUCAUAAGAGAAAUAAGAAUAAAGAGUUUCUUA